UACCCAAUAACUAAGUGCUCUAUAAUAUCUCAACCAUGUUUGAAAAUUUCCAAUUUAGAUUUCCUACAAUGAAGAAAUUAAGCCCACGUUGCAUGUUAACUAAAAUAUUAAUAAUUGUUCAAAGGCUAAUACAUUAUUCCUUUCUCUUUCUCUCAUCAUCUCUUGUUUUAUUUUAUUAUUAUCUUUUCACUCUAAAUCCAAAGUCAUGGACAAAACUAGCAAAAGAAGAGUCUUGUUUAUAUUCUGGUUUAUAACAAUUUCUAUUCAAAUCACUCUAACAAAAGGAGAAAAUCUAGAUUUUAUUCAUAAACAUGAAGGUAUUAAAAAGUCUUUCACAAAGACAUUACAAAGCACAAUUUCCUUGCUGAAGACUUCUCAUCAGAAUUCAUGGAAGAAAGUCAAGAGUCUCAUGCAACAUAUUCAAUUUCACUAUUUCCCACCAAACUUAGACUUUAAAGGCAUAGAUGAAGCAAAUGCUAAGGGCGGUGCUGGAGUUAAGAUGACACAAGCAGUAGAGAAGAGUUUUGACACAAGCAAAGAGACAGUUGAAGAAACUGCGAAAUCGGCUGCUGAAGUUGUGGAUAAAACAAUGAGCAAGACAGCCAAGAAAGUAAAAGAAAGUGUCUCUGAUAAAGAAUCUGCUGCAGAGCUUUAAUUCAUUUGGUUUUGGGAUUGUAAAGGAUAGCCAUUGGUUUGUCUAUGCCUGCCUAUGUAGAGCUUUUACAAACUGUCAUCACUUUUUUUGUUAAAAACUCUAUUACUUAUAAAAGAGUAAUGAUUCAUACU